ACACUUACCACCUCACUCCCGGGGAACCAGUCCUCACCUGCAGGCUUCGACAAUCUCAGUAGAUCCAUGGUGCGGCUCUCGGGCUGAUCCUACACCUCUGUGAGUCGCGGGAUCUGUGCGGCGUUGCUUCCAAGUGGUUUUCCUUGCGGUUGUGUGAGAGUCUCGAGCGGUGCGACGAGUCUCCGCGGUGAGUCAGUCCCGGGUAAAAUUAUAUCCCGGUGUGUGUGUGUGAGUGCGUGUGAGUGCGUGCGUGUGUGUGUGUGUGUGUGGUGUGUGUGUGUGUGCAUGACACGUGGAGGUGUUCCCCUCUUGCUGGCGACGUGCAACAGGUUCUGUGAAGUGGAGCACUCGGGGGAGAAUCCCAACAAGAAAGAAAGGAAAUACGGGAACGGGCGGAAGUGCAUGUGUGGUAAAGUGAGCGUUUUUACCCCAGCCGGAGGGAGCCUCGUGUCUUGUUGCAGUACACCAACACCGUCUCCACCACCAGCAGGUCAGGAUCACCUCGCCAGCCCUCCCCACUCUCACUAGUGUCGUGCUUCACAUAACAACACAUGUGCUCAAUAAUUCCUCGAAUAUAUAAAAACAAAUAUUUAUUUUGUAAAUUGUUCUAUCAGAAGUCAGCUGAAGGUACGACACGAUAGUCACCUCAAGUGACCACCAGAGACGACAUGUCGUUCCAUCCAGCUAUCUUCAACGUGACGGUACACGACCCGUCACUGUACCACGGACUGCCGGGGGGCCAACACCCCUUCUUCCAACAGCAUGGCCCCCAGCAGGUGCUUGGGGUACCUGCCGGAGUGCCCAGCCAAUACCUGGACAUGGGGCAUGACGACACACAGUUCCCGAGCUUCAUGCCCUCCCUGCCGUCAGAGCUUCAGGGACCUGUGGCCUUCAGGAACACCAGCAGCCACAGCACCAUGUUCCCCCCAGGUGCCGUGUCCCCGCGCCUCACCAUCCCCACCAUCACCAACACCACCUUCGUCCAGCUGCCUGUGUUGUGGACGGCGCUGAGCCUGGCACUGGGAGUAGAGGUUCAGGGAGAAAUCAGAGGUUUGCCCUGCAUCAAGUAAAUAACGUGCACCGCCGGUAGUGCGUAUCCUCAGGAGAAGAUAGAGCAGUUUAUUGAGGACAACAAGGCUUUGAUGAGAAGAAUGUAUGGCAGUUUCUUCGAUAAUCUGGACACACUACAACUACAGAGUACUGGCAGUAUAGGACAGUUUCAGCGAUCGCAAGGAGGAGGUGGAGGUGGAGGUGGAGGAGGUGGAGGAGGAGGUGGAGGAACAAGUAGCCGUCCUUUCAGCAGAUCAGGACGCUCAGUUGACGCCUAUGGGGAUCAGAUACCAGAGCUUAACACUGAUUACCACCCUGAUGACAGAAGGGGCGAGUCAUACUUCAAUCUGAUCCGCAAGAAACGGCAAUCUUUCCCCGAUAAUGCUAACGCUAAUGCUGACAAAGUUGAUUCCUGUGAGAGUAAGAUGGAGAUCGUUACUCCCUAUUGGGCCACUAACUCUGCAGGCAAGACAAGAGCAGUGAUUAAUACGAACGAGUUCUCUCAAGCAAUCCACCAGGAAGUGUGCGCGAAACAGUCGACCAAGAGGUGUGGCGGCGACUGUAUAUGUGAUCAGAAGUAUAAGUGGCACCGCCUAUUGGCUUACGACCCCGACAACGACUGCAGAGGCAUCUUCAUGGACUGGUUCCUGUUCCCAUCCUGCUGUUCCUGCCGCUGUACUCCUCUCUAAGGCUGUCCUCUUGCUGUUCCUGCCGCUGUACUCCUCUCUACGGCGCCCUGCUGCUGUUUCUGUAGCUGUAAUACAGUUUAAGGAGGUUUUUUUGCUGUUCUGAAGGCUGUUUUCUUGUCUCUAGCUGCUUCUGUUGCCCUUUUACUGUCUAAUGCGGCUCUCUCUCUCUCUCUCUCUCUCUCUCUCAGCUUCAGUGGCCGAUAUUUUUCCUCUUCUCCUAAUUUGUGUCCAUUUUAUUCCACUUCACUUCCGUUUUUUGUCCUUGUAUUCAUUCUUACUCCUUUUGUCAUUGUCCCUAUUCCUCUUUCCUUCGUUUUAUCUCGUCUCUUGUCCUCUUGUCAUUUCCCAUAUUCUUCCUUCCUUCUUUUUGUUCCAGAUAAAGGCGUCCAAUUCCUCUUACCUCCGUCUUUAUUCUCAUUAUCCUUUUUUUGUCAUUGAGUAUUAUUACAGAGACAGAAAAGGUUGCCAAUUAUUGUUUUGUUUUUUAAUUUUAUACACAACAUGACUGUCCAGGGAUCUUUAAUAUAAAGAGAAUAUAUUGUGAAUUUUGUUCCCUGGUAUAUAGUAAAUAAUUUGUUCUAUGAGGAAAUAUAUAUUCUGGGUUUCAGUGAAUGAAUUAAUUUGUGUCAGUUUCAUCUAUUUAAGUUAAAUCAUAAGUUAACGUAAAGUGAAAAAAAAAAUAUCAGUUCUCAAUUAUUUAUUCAUGUUUAAAAAUAUAUUAAUAUUAUCUAUCUUUGCUUUGUGAGAUUAAGCAACAUAUUGACUCAGACUCUUAGAGCAAAUAGUUGUGAGGUAACUGAUGUGAUCUAACAUUAUUACCAACUUGUAUUCCAUGUUUAUAUUACGCGAUGGUUAUUUAAUAUACACAGAAUUAAUCAUCAGGGACUUUUUUUUAUUAUAUUUGUGUUUAUAAAUCUUUAAAUUAUCAAAGUAAUUAACGAUAUUAAAUGGAUCCAGUUGAUUGGCGGAGAAAAAAGUAAUUAAAAGACACAUGUGGUAUACAUUAGGUUGCUUGACAUGGCAACACUGACAAAGGUGACUCCACCCUGACCAGAUGUAAACAUUAUGACCAACAACUGAGGCUACGAACCUAAAACAAAUAUUUUUUCACAUAAAUUAAAAAAAAGAAUUUGAUUUACCAUCCCCUCUUAACUUAGUGCUAUAAAUAUGAUAUAGAUAAGUCCUUACAUAUGAUUUAUGAUAAUUGAAAUAUAUCUGAAAUUAGACGAAAUAUACGGAAAAGUAUUUGUUUUAGUUCUGGUCUUACUUGGAGUCGCCGAAGUCCCGCCACAAGCCAAGAUAAACCCGUAGUUUAUUUAUUCAUUUGUCUCUUUUUAUAACUAUAUAAAACCACUAGAGGUCUUGGGUCUUGUACGCAGUAUUUGGUCUCCUGUACAAGAACAAGACCACACAUUAAUUCAGCCUUAUACAACAGAGACAAUAAUUCCAUAUUUUUUAAUUAAUUUCUGUUAACAUAUUAUAGAUAUAUGUAUUAAAAAAAUAUAUAUAAAAAAUACAACUAGAUAGAUUUUGUCUGUAAAUUAGUUUAGGUUAUUUAGAUGUACAUUUAUUAAGAGUCCAGUAACACCAUUUUUGACCAGUAAGAUGUUUUGUAUAUAAGUUAAAUACACUUUUGAGUUUAUUCCUGAAAAUAUCUUAAUUUUCUUGACCAAUAAAGGGCAUUCAUUUUGUCU